GGGGGAGGAAGAAAAAAAACAACAAACCUCUGAAGGGGGAAACAAUAACAAACGGGAAGCCCUCCGGCGGCGGAUGCGGCGAGAGCCCCGCGGCCCUUUCCAAGGGGAGGCCUCACGGCGGGCCUGCGCCUCGCUGGCAACGGGGAUGCCCCCCCGCCCCCUGGCCCCUCUCUGAGCCGCCCCCCCCCCCGGCCUCCAGCCCAGUCCGCUCCUUCACUCCCUGGUCCUGCGGCAGCAGCAGCAGCAGCAGCCUCGGCGCCGCCGCCAUCAUGUCAGGGGACGACGACGGGCCCGGCGGGUCUCACUACGUGGCCGAGUUCGUGCCUCCGCCUGAGUGCCCGGUCUUCGAGCCCAGCUGGGAGGAGUUCAGCGACCCCCUGGGUUUCAUCGGCCGCAUCCGGCCCUUGGCCGAGAAAACCGGCAUCUGCAAGAUCAGGCCGCCCAAGGACUGGCAGCCUCCUUUUGCGUGUGAUGUGCAGAGUUUUCGCUUUACCCCACGUGUUCAGCGCCUGAAUGAAUUGGAGGCAAUGACUAGAGUGAAGCUGGACUUCUUAGAUCAAUUGGCAAAAUUUUGGGAACUUCAAGGAUCUACAUUAAAAAUUCCUGUAGUAGAGCGAAAAAUCUUGGAUCUCUAUUCAUUAAACAAGAUUGUUGCCAGCAAAGGAGGCUCUGCGGUGGUCACUAAAGAUAAGAAAUGGUCCAAAGUGGCUAGUCGGCUCGGUUACUUACCUGGCAAAGCGACAGGAUCACUUCUGAAGUCACACUAUGAACGGAUCCUAUAUCCAUAUGAACUUUUUCAGACUGGUGUCAGCAUUAUGGGCAUCCAAAAGCCAAACUUGGACCUUAAGGAAAAAGUGGAGGUUGAAGACCUCGGCAUUGAGGCCCAGUCUCCCCCAAAGCAGGGUACAAGAAUGAACGUUGUGCUGAAGAGAACCAGACGUGUCAAGUCCCAGGCAGAGGCAGGAGAGAUGAGUAGGAAUACUGAACUAAAGAAGCUCCAGAUCUUUGGAGCAGGACCAAAGAUGAUGGGAUUGGCAUUAGGAGCAAAGGAAAAAGAAGAUGAAGUCCCCAGAAGACGUAAAGGUACCAGAGCUGAGGCAUUUGGCAUGCAGAUGAGACAGCGGAAAGGGGCACUUUCUGUGAACUUCGUUGACCUGUAUGUCUGCUUGUUCUGUGGUCGGGGAAACAACGAGGACAAAUUGUUGCUGUGUGAUGGGUGUGAUGACAGCUACCAUACGUUUUGCCUGAUACCUCCUUUGCCUGAUGUGCCCAAAGGUGACUGGAGAUGUCCAAAAUGUGUUGCUGAGGAAUGUAACAAACCACGUGAGGCCUUUGGAUUUGAGCAGGCUGUUCGAGAGUAUACCCUCCAGAGCUUUGGUGAGAUGGCAGACAAUUUCAAAUCUGACUACUUCAAUAUGCCAGUCCAUAUGGUUCCCACUGAGCUGGUGGAAAAGGAGUUUUGGCGACUUGUGAGCAGUAUCGAGGAGGAUGUAAUUGUGGAGUAUGGAGCGGACAUCUCAUCCAAGGACUUUGGAAGUGGCUUCCCUGUAAAAGAUUGCAGAAGAAAGCUAAUGCCAGAAGAGGAGGAGUAUGCCCUUUCUGGCUGGAACCUCAACAAUAUGCCCGUACUGGAACAGUCUGUCCUCGCUCAUAUCAAUGCUGACAUUUCUGGCAUGAAGGUGCCCUGGCUGUAUGUGGGCAUGUGCUUCUCCUCUUUCUGUUGGCACAUUGAGGAUCACUGGAGCUAUUCCAUCAACUACCUUCAUUGGGGAGAGCCUAAGACGUGGUAUGGAGUACCUUCUCAUGCAGCAGAACAACUGGAGGAAGUGAUGAGAGAGUUGGCCCCUGAGCUGUUUGAGGCACAGCCUGAUCUCCUGCACCAGUUAGUCACCAUCAUGAACCCAAAUGUGCUUAUGGAACAUGGGGUGCCUGUAUAUCGGACCAAUCAGUGUGCGGGCGAGUUUGUUGUAACUUUUCCUCGUGCCUAUCAUUCUGGAUUUAAUCAAGGCUACAACUUUGCUGAAGCUGUGAACUUUUGCACUGCAGACUGGCUUCCCAUUGGGCGGCAGUGUGUAAGCCAUUACCGCCGCCUGAGGCGCCACUGUGUCUUCUCCCAUGAAGAACUGAUCUUCAAGAUGGCAGCUGACCCUGAGUGCUUGGAUGUGGGGCUUGCUGCCAUGGUUUGCAAAGAAAUGACUCUAAUGACGGAAGAGGAGGCACGCUUGAGGGAGUCUGUUGUACAGAUGGGGGUACUGAUGUCUGAGGAAGAAGUGUUUGAGCUGGUUCCAGAUGAUGAGCGUCAGUGUGCAGCCUGUAAAACGACGUGUUUCUUGUCUGCUCUUACCUGUUCUUGUAACCCUGAGCGACUUGUCUGCUUGUAUCAUCCGAAUGAUUUGUGUUCAUGUUCGAUGCAGAAGAAGUGUCUAAGAUACCGGUAUCCAUUAGAGGACUUCCCUUCGCUGCUGUAUGGAGUGAAAGUCAGAGCACAGUCCUAUGACACCUGGGUCAACAGGGUCACUGAGGCACUGUCUGCCAACCUCAAUCACAAGAAAGAUGUGAUUGAGCUGAGAGUGAUGUUGGAGGAUGCUGAAGACAGGAAGUAUCCAGAGAAUGACCUCUUCCGUAAGCUAAGAGAUGCCGUGAAAGAGGCAGAGACUUGUGCUUCGGUGGCCCAACUGCUCCUAAGCAAAAAACAAAAACAUAGCAAACUGAUCCCGGAUAGUGGGAAGACACGGACCAAACUUACUGUGGAGGAGCUGAAAGCAUUUGUCCAACAGCUAUUUAGCCUUCCCUGUGUCAUCAGUCAGGCUCGGCAAGUAAAGAACUUGCUGGAUGAUGUUGAAGAGUUUCAUGAACGUGCUCAGGAGGCCAUGAUGGACGAGAUCCCAGACUCCUCGAAGCUGCAGUUAUUGAUAGACAUGGGCUCUGGCCUCUACGUGGAACUUCCUGAACUGCCUCGCCUAAAACAGGAGCUGCAGCAGGCACGCUGGCUGGACGAAGUACGGGUGACGCUGUCAGAUCCUCAGAGAGUCACCUUAGAUGUGAUGAAGAAACUGAUUGACUCAGGGGUGGGCCUGGCACCGCACCAUGCAGUGGAGAAGGCCAUGGCGGAACUGCAGGAGCUGCUCACAGUUUCUGAGAGGUGGGAGGAGAAAGCAAAAGUCUGCCUGCAGGCAAGGCCUCGACAAAGUAUUGCUGCUCUGGAGAACAUUGUUAAUGAAGCAAAAAACAUCCCAGCUUAUUUGCCCAAUGUGUUAGCAUUGAGAGAAGCACUGCAGCGGGCUCGAGACUGGACAUCUAAAGUGGAAGCCAUUCAGAAUGGUAGCAACUAUGCAUAUCUAGAGCAGCUUGAGAAUCUGUCUGCCAAAGGCCGCCUGAUACCUGUCCGCCUUGAUGCACUGCCGCAAGUUGACUCACAGGUAGCAGCAGCACGUGCCUGGAGGGAGCGCACUGGAAGAACAUUUCUUAAGAAGAACUCCAGCUAUACUCUCUUACAGGUUUUGAGUCCUCGAACUGAUAUUGGUGUUUAUGGGAGCAGUAAGAACAGGCGAAAGAGAGUGAAGGAUCUGAUGGAGAAGGAGAAAGAGAAGGAUCUUGACCUGGAGUCCUUAAGUGAGCUAGAAGAUGGGCUGGAAGAGACCAGAGACACUGCAACAGUGGUGGCUGUCUUCAGGGAUCGGGAACAGAAGGAGAUUGAAGCCAUGCAUGCCCUCAGGGAAGCCAAUCUGGCAAAGAUGACCAUGGUGGAUUGCAUUGAGGAGAUCAAGUUCUGUAUCUGCCGCAAAACAGCAAGCGGGUUUAUGCUCCAGUGUGAACUCUGCAAAGACUGGUUUCACAGCACCUGUGUGCCUCUCCCCAAAACCAGCUCCCAAAAGAAGGGCUCUAGUUGGCCCGCCAAAGAAGUUAAGUUCCUAUGUCCGCUUUGCAUGCGUUCCCGAAGGCCCAGGCUCGAGACCAUCUUAUCUUUGCUGGUGUCCUUGCAAAAGCUGCCAGUUCGGCUGCCUGAGGGAGAGGCUUUGCAGUGCCUGACGGAAAGGGCUAUGAGUUGGCAGGAUCGAGCACGGCAAGCCUUGGCUACUGAUGAACUGUCUUCUGCAUUAGCCAAACUUUCCGUGCUUAGCCAGCGCAUGGUGGAACAAGCAGCGCGGGAGAAAACGGAGAAAAUAAUUAGUGCUGAGCUGCAGAAGGCCGCAGCCAAUCCUGACCUACAGGGUCACUUGACUAGUUUCCAGCAAUCUGGCUUUAACCGGGCAAUGAGUAGUGUGUCAUCGUCUCCACGACAAACUAUGGAUUAUGACGAUGAGGAGACAGAUUCAGAUGAAGAUAUCAGGGAAGCAUAUGGUUAUGACAUAAAGGACAAUGCCAGUGUAAAAUCAUCCAGUAGCCUGGAGCCCAACCUUUUUUGUGAUGAAGAAAUUCCCAUAAAAUCUGAAGAAGUGGUAACGCACAUGUGGACAGCCCCAUCCUUCUGUGCUGAACAUGCAUAUUCAUCAGCAUCCAAAAGCUGCUCUCAAGGUUCCAGCACUCCAAGAAAACAACCCCGUAAGAGCCCACUAGUACCUCGCAGUUUAGAGCCCCCAGUGCUUGAGUUGUCUCCUGGAGCCAAAUCACAACUAGAAGAUCUCAUGAUGAUAGGAGAUCUCCUGGAGGUAUCGCUGGAUGAGACUCAACACAUCUGGCGGAUCUUACAGGCCACACACCCACCAUCUGAGGACAGAUUUCUUCACAUCAUGGAGGAUGACAGCAUGGAUGAGAAGCCAUUAAAAAUGAGGGGAAGGGACUCCUCUGAGAGGAAACGGAAGCGCAAACUUGAGAAAGCAGAACAGUUCUUUGGUGAAAUGAAGCAGAAGUCUAAAGAACUGAAGAAGCUGGAGAAACCCAAGAAGAAGAAGCUAAAACUGACUAUGGACAAGACGAAAGAGCUGAACAAACUGGCCAAGAAGCUAGCUAAAGAGGAGGAGCGGAAGAAGAAGCGCGAGAAGGCAGCUGCAGCCAAGGUGGAACUGGUGAAAGAGUGCACAGAGAAAAAGAGGGAGAAGAAAGUCCUGGAUAUCCCUUCCAAGUAUGACUGGUCAGGAGCAGAGGAAUCGGAUGACGAGAAUGCGGUGUGUGCGGCCCAGAACUGCCAGAGGCCCUGCAAAGACAAGGUAGACUGGGUACAGUGUGAUGGUGGCUGUGAUGAGUGGUUUCAUCAAGUCUGUGUUGGUGUCUCACCAGAAAUGGCAGAGAGUGAAGAUUAUAUCUGUAUAAACUGUGCAAAGAAACAGAUGCAGGGCCCAGGCAGUCCAACACAUGCGCCGCCACCUCACUUCCUGCUAAGCUACAAACGAUCCAUGGAAGACCUCAAGGAGACAAGUUAGCAGCUGCUUAGUCUUGCUGGGACUGGAGGGAAAUGGAACACUAAGAAGGUGGUGUGAAGUGAACGUAGCCACUUGGAAUGCUCCACUUCCAUGGACAUUCGGCCCUAUGGUGGAGCUGGCCCCAUUGCAGCUGGCUUCCUUUCGUAUGAAGCGGGAUGUUACGGGCACAGGGGUACUGACCGAGCUAUGCAGAUACUACCCUGUUGGAAGUCCCAGCUAGUUCUUCUUUUACUCCCAUGUUUCCUAAAAGGCUGAGUAUAGGCCCUGCCUUCAGGUUGAGCAGAUGUGUGGCACAUGGAUGAUGCUUUUCUGUCUCAGCAGUUCAAAAGGGGGAGCCAUUGUCAAGAGCUCAGAACCCCAACACAUCGCCCCAUGGAGGCACAGCAAUUGAGAUGAAGGCACUUUCUAAGCCUCUUAAUGAAAUAGAGGCAGCCAUGGCAAUGUUACGUGGAUAAAGAACCUGCUUCUAGCACCAGGCAGGAAGGGUUGGGUGUGGGUGGAGAACAACAUUAGUUCCUGGGGGGUGGGGGGUGGUUAGAAGGCAAAGGCACUUGAGGUCUUGGAAAUGAGCAUUGGGGGUUGUGUUUACCCUAAAGCUCACACCUUAACUUAAGAAGUAGCUAAGGUAUGUUGCCUUGGCAAAGCACUCUCCCCUGUACUGGUGGCCAUUUUCCUGUGUUAGGCAUUUACCAACACCCUGUUACUAAAAUCUGUGAAGCAAGGUGCAGCUGGUAAAUCUUGGGGUGUCAUGAACGAAUGUGGCUAGAGACUGGGGCGGAGUGCAACAGCCCAAGUUCCUCCAAAUUCCACACUGAAAUGUUUCUGUGAAAGAACUCCAGCUGACCAUCAUUCCCAGCAUCACCAGACUGUGUAGCCUCACAGUUCCAGUAAGCAGACCACAAGUACAGUUUGCAAGCCCUGCUUCCUCGCCUUUUAGGUCUACAGUUGGCUACCAAUCCGGUUUGACCUUGCACCCCCUUGCUUUGCUGGAAGACAGGCAGCUUGGGGGUGUGCGUCCCGGGUGACAAUUGUUUUAGUAAACCCGUUUUUAAAAAAAGGACUGGUUUUUACUUUUUUCUAUGUCUCGAACUACUGACUUGUCUACAAAAAAAAAAGAUUAUUUUUCUUUGGUUUUUAUACUUAACCACGGUUACCAGCAGCACAGAACGAGAGAGAGGCUCACGAAACUAAAACCUGCCUGCAGGCUUGGUUUUUUUUAAAAAACUUCAUUUUGCUUCCUUGUAGUACAAGGAAAUUAGCAGUUACUUCCCACAUCCUUGCUCCACCUGCUGCCUGUGUUUUAAAUAGGUAAAAACAUUUCAUGUGCUACCUUCAUGUUGGGGUUUGUUCUGUUAGCAGGGCCCCUUGGUCCUCGCUGUCUCCAGCUUAUGCUGGCUUUUCUGUAAGUGAGUGGCUGAAACUGGCCAUUGUGGUGUCUUCCCCUGCUCCCCAUUAUCUAUUGUGUUUCCAUAAUUCUACAGUUCUAGGAGUGUUGUUAUCUAUAGUGUCCAGUCUUAUUAGAUGCAGGGGUUGGGAUUUUCUAAAAGAUAAAAAAACGUAGUGUUCUGCCUU